UUGGUAUCAACAUAUAUCAGAUGAAAAAAAAUCUUAAAGAAUCUAUGUGACUAUUCCCUGAUUUUGACCUUUUUUGCUUUGUCUUCUGUAGCCUCCAAAGUGAGAAGGUAUACUACCUACAGAAGAACCCCAAUCAGCUCCUGGACAUGCUGGGGAAGCUGUUUGCAUUUUCUUUCAUCUGGAGUAUUGGAGGUAUGUUCAAGCUCCAGGAGGAUGCUGAUGAUUACGACAUGAUCAGGCGGGGCCAGGACAAGGGGGAGAGGGAUGCCAAUAUCUGUAAUGAGUGUGAUAACUUCAUGCAUGAGUUAUUUGAAGUGGAACCACCACUUGGAGAAUCUGGAGUUGGCAAGUCGGCCAUUAUUAACCACAUGUUAGGCAGACUGGGAUAAGAUGUGCAACAUCCACUUAGAGUGGCACCGUGCUGGGUCAGAUCCUCAGCUACUCAGACAAGACCAACACGCUACUGGAGAGUAUCUCAAAACUCACAGAAAUGGACAACAAUGACUAGUCCAAAUGUAUCAACGUCCUUCUGGGAACAGCCAAACCUAAAAGUUCUGCUGGAGUGAUCAGUUUUAUGUUUCAGUUCUCAGCUCAGACGACAGCAGCUAGACUUAAGGCUCACAUCAUGCACAAACUCAUCAAGAAGGGCAGGGACACUGGGGACUCCCUGGGGGAAAAAGGUGCUGGUGUUUGUGGAUGAUUUGAACAUGCCGGCCGCUGAGGUAUAUGGAGCCCAGCCACCCCUAGAGUUACUGAUGCAGUUCUUGGAACUUGGUGGAUUUUAUCAUGCUGGGAAAGCUCAUCUUGUAUGGGAGGAUAUUUAUGACGUCCAUGUGGUGGCAGCCUGUGGACCACUAGGUGGAGGCAGGAACCCCAUCCGUUCAAGGCUCCUAAAACACUUCAGGUCAGGCAGCUUUCUAACUCUGAAUGUAUAAUAUCUAAAUCCCCUCUAGACCAUCUCUCAGUUUAGAAUUGGUGUUGAAUAUG